GUGCGGUUAUAAAGAAGGUUGCUUUCUGUAGAAAGCAGGAAGAAGUGAGCGAGAAAGAAGUUAAGCAGAGAUGGAAUCAGAUUACGGAGUUGCGAGGGAGCUCUCAGCUCUUCAGAAGAAGAGAACUCAAUACCAGCCUGAGCUUCCUCCAUGCCUUCAGGGAACUACUGUGAGGGCGGAGUAUGGUGAUGGAACAACAACUGCAGAUCCUAGCAGUUCACAUGUCAUAAGCCAUGCAUUUCCAUAUACAUAUGGGCAGCCUUUGGCUCAUUUCCUGAGGCCUUCAACAAAGGUCUCUGAUGCCCAAAUUAUCACUGAUCACCCAGUUAUCAGGGUUGGUGUUGUAUUUUGUGGGAGACAAUCCCCAGGUGGACAUAACGUUAUUUGGGGCCUGCUGAGUGCAGUAAAAUCUCACAAUCCUGGAAGCAUUUUACUUGGAUUUCUAGGUGGUACUGAAGGUUUGUUUGCACAGAAAACUAUGGAAAUCACAUAUGAUAUUCUUUCUUCUUUCAAAAACCAAGAAUCUACAUUUGUUGCUCUUGAAGGUGGUUUUGAUUUGCUUGGCCGAACACAAGAUCAGAUUAGAACAAGUGAGCAAGUCAAUGCUGCUAAGGCUGCAUGUGAAGCAUUGAAACUGAAUGGUCUUGUCAUUAUUGGGGGUGUCACAUCCAAUACAGAUGCUGCUCACCUGGCCGAGACUUUUGCAGAGACAAACUGUCAAACCAAGGUGGUUGGUGUACCUGUUACUUUGAAUGGGGAUCUAAGGAAUCAGUUCGUGGAGACUGAUGUUGGCUUUGACACUAUAUGCCGGGUUAACUCACAGCUUAUAAGCAACAUUUGCUUGGAUGCUCUUUCCGCAGAGAAGUAUUAUUACUUCAUUCGCUUGAUGGGACACAAGGCAUCUCAUGUUGCUGUGGAAUGUGCUCUGCAGUCACAUCCAAAUAUGGUGUUCCUAGCUGAAGAGGUGGCCAUGUCAAAAUUUAACCUCUUUGAUAUUACAAAACAAAUAAGCGAUGCAGUCCAAGCAAGAGCAGAACAAGGAAAGUAUCAUGGUGUCAUCCUCAUCCCUGAGGGACUAGUAGAAAGCAUUCCAGAACUAUUUGCGCUGUUGCAGGAAAUUCAUGGCCUCCAAAGCCAAGGAGUUGAUAUGGAGAGCAUAUCUACUCAUCUUUCUCCCUGGGCAUCUGCAUUAUUUGAAUUUUUGCCACCAUUUAUCAGAAAACAGUUUUUACUUCCUCCUGAAUCUGAUAAUUCAGCACAGUUUUCUGAGAUUGAGAUAGAAAAACUUUUAGCUCGGCUGGUGGAUGCAGAAAUGAACAAGAGAAUGAAAGAAGGCACUUACAAAGGGAAAAAAUUCAAUCCUAUUUGUCACUUUUUUGGCUACCAAACUCGAGGAUCUUUACCAUCAAAAUUCGAUUGUGACUAUGCCUAUGUUCUUGGUCAUAUCUGCUAUCACAUUCUAGCAGCUGGUUUGAAUGGUUACAUGGCCACUGUAACUAAUCUGAAACAUUCAGUGGACAAGUGGAGAUGUGGUGCUGCUCCAAUCACAGCAAUGAUGACAGUGAAGCAAUACUCAGGUGGCCCUGGAGCCAUACCAAUUAGAAAGCCUGAACUACAUCCCACCCAAGUUGACUUAAAAGGAAAAGUAUAUGAGAUACUGAGGCAAAAUGCUUACAGUUUUCUCAUGGAGGACUUGUAUAGAAAUCCAGGUCCCCUUCAGUUUGAAGGACCUGGAACUGAUGUGAAAUCUUACACCUUGUGUGUUGAAGAUCAGGAUUACAUGGGUCGGAUCAAGAAGCUCCAGAACUAUCUGGACAAGGUUAGAUGCAUUGUGAAACCUGGAUGCUCGCCGGAAAUCCUCAAAGCAGCUCUAAGUUCCAUGGCUUCAGUUACUGAGGUCCUGACUGUAAUGUCUACACCAAAAUCUAACGGUCAUAUCCUUCUAUGAAUUUUUGCCACCAGUUAUUUUGGAGGGUGAAGCUUUACUCUUAGUUUUGUAACUUAUGAAUAAAUGUCAAUAUGGAGAAAUGUAUAUCAUUAACAUUUUGAAAUGACAAUAAAGUUGUAAAAUAUCCAAAAUAAUCUUUAGCAGAGAUUUCUUUUGGAUCUUUAGCAUAAUGGAACAUUUUUUCUAAUAGAAGUUCUGUGGAUGUAUUGAU